AUGUCAGGACUCUCAGGCCAGAGUGACCCCGUUACCCGCCGCCGGUAGAGCUGACAGAUGGGCGCAUGCGCACUGUCGGGCACAAGAUGGCGGCGCCCAUGGGCAGCGGUGCAGCAGAUGCGGGUAAUGGGGAUUCCGGGCUCAGGAACCGGAGGAGUGUGAAGGUCGCCUCCCAUACGCCGCCAGAUGACCGGGAGACCCCGGAGCGCGAUCUCAGGACUGAUGACAGAGUAUCCCUGCUGCCCGGCAGCUUCUGGCUCACUAGGAUCGUGCUGCUGAGGUCUAUAGCGGCUAUAUACUUUGUGGCGUUCCUUGUGGCUUUUCAUCAGAACAAGCAGCUGAUCGGGGACCGGGGUUUACUGCCAUGCAAGCUGCACCUAGAGAAUAUCAAACGGUACUUUGGAGGCAAAGUCGGCAUGGAUGCCAUCAGCCACGCGCCCACACUCCUGUGGCUUCUAGACUGGUCUCACGUGGAUAUUCAUUUGGACAACAUUGCUCUCGUUGGUCUUGUGAUUUCUGGUUACAUCAUGUUAUCGGGAUGCGCCAACAUGAUCCUGAUGGCCACUCUCUGGAUUCUCUACCACUCGUUAGUCAGCGUGGGACAGAUAUGGUAUUCCUUCGGAUGGGAGUCCCAGCUCUUGGAGACAGGAUUUCUAGGAAUCUUCCUCUGCCCCCUGUGGUCUCUGUCCCGAAUACCGCCACGUACCUACCCAUCGCGCAUCGUCAUGUGGGCCUUUCGCUGGCUCAUCUUUAGAAUCAUGCUGGGGGCGGGUCUGAUUAAAAUCCGGGGCGACAAGUGUUGGCGAGAUCUGACUUGCAUGAACUAUCAUUAUGAGACACAGCCGGUACCAAACGUUUUGGCCUACUACAUGCACCGCAACCCGGUAUGGUUCCACCAGUUUGAGACCUUGUUCAACCACUUAAUUGAGCUGGUUGUGCCUUUCUUCUUAUUCAUGGGCAGACGCAUGUGUGUCAUUCAUGGAAUACUGCAAAUCCUUUUCCAGCUGCUUCUGAUCUUCAGUGGGAACCUCAGCUUCCUUAACUGGCUGACCAUUGUGCCAAGCAUCGCCUGCUUCGAUGAUGCCAGCCUAAGCUUCCUGUUUAGCGCCAAGGAUGGGUCAGUGAUAGACCAAGUGUCCAAGAUCCAAAGACAGAAGUCUACCGGAGGAGGGCAAACAAGAAGUUAUGGGUCCUACGUCCGGCAGCUACUUCACGUGUCUUUGGGCGUCCUCAUUGCCUACCUCAGUGUCCCUGUUGUCAUCAACCUGCUGAACUCCAAGCAAGUCAUGAAUACCUCCUUCAACCCACUCCGGAUUGUCAACACAUACGGCGCCUUUGGCAGUGUCACCAAAGAGAGGACAGAGGUGAUCAUCCAGGGGACGUCAAGUUUGGAUCCCAAUGACCCCAAAGCCGUUUGGGAAGAGUAUGAGUUUAAUUGCAAGCCAGGAAAUUUAACCCGCCGCCCCUGUGUUAUCAGCCCCUAUCACUACCGCCUGGACUGGCUGAUGUGGUUUGCAGCGUUCCAGACCUAUGAACAGAAUGAGUGGGUAAUACACCUGGCCGGGAAGCUGCUAGCCGAUGAUGUCGCAGCGACCUCGCUCCUGGCCUAUAACCCCUUCCAGGAGAAGGGACCUCCCAGGUGGAUCAGGGGAGAGCACUUCCGAUACAAGUUCAGCCGCUUGUGGGGUGCACACGCUGCUGAGGGCAAGUGGUGGAUACGGAAAAGGAUUGCACCAUACUUCCCGCCGCUUGAUCUAAAAGGACUCCAGAAAUAUUUUCAGUCACGAUCCUGGCCUCUUCCUUCAUCGCCUUGACAACAAGCAAAUGUCUCUGGGAAAUAGCUAGGGGUUUUUUUUUUUACAUAAUCCAGGUGAUAGGUUGACAGCCAAACGAUAGGUUCAAAUGGUCGACAUGAUAAUGGUCGACACAACGUAUGGUCGACGUAAGUUUUUUUGGGGAAUUUUUUUAUUUUUAUUUUUUCAUUUUUUCAAUUCAUUUCUUGGACUACGAUUGGGAAUGGUAACCUUGCCCGAACCAUGGUGUGCAUAGCGAGGCACCUUGCCCGAAGCAUGGCAUGCGACACGAGACGCCUUGCCUGAAGCAUGGCAUGCGAAACGAGACGCCUUGCCAGAACCAUGGCUUGCAAAGCGAGCCAUGGGAGGGGACAUUGUACACUAAUUGGGGUUUUAUGUGCUGAAAUUUGACAACCCAAAAACACAAAAAAACCUCACGUCGACCUGUUCGACUGUAGACAAUGUCAGCAUCAACCUUUUUCACAUACCAACCUUGUGUAUAUCGACCAUUUAGAGUCAACCUGUUCACUGUCGACUUUUUGAACCAUACCCGUUUAUCACAAGGACCAUUUAUACUGCUACAUGCCAUAGUGCCAUCCUUGCACAUAGUCAGUGACUACUGCCUACACAUUAUGGUACUUACAAGUAGGUUAUUAUUUCUACCUACGUUAUAACCAUGAAUAUUAUACAGCAUCUACCUA